AUGUCUGCUUACUCUCGCCUAUCCUCUGCUGCGGAUGGUUGGGUAGGUACAUGGAGGGAUAUAGAAAAUUGGGUUGAUCAGGCUGGCGAAGUUGAAUCACUCUCUUCCAUACUCGCGCAGACGAUCCUCGCCCCCCCAUCCGCCCCCACAGAGGAGAGAACUGAAAGCAUGGAGGGCCCGGUAUCCUCGAUCGAUUGUGAUUACCGCAGCCUUUCGCGGGUUGCAACCGCGCCUGCGCAUUCCACGCGCCUCAUGGGCACUGGAUCGCAGAAUUUGUGCUAUGCCAGUCCUUUCCCCUAUGCUCAGCCAUCCUACGACGCUGGUAGCACGCUUCCCAUGGGAAGCGAAGGGGCCGGCGUGCCAGAUGUGUUGCCCGACAUACGAAACGCGCUAUUGCAAAAUUAUCGCAACGUCCCCCAAUACCCUCAGCAUUGGGACUCAUAUUCAAGCGAUCCUUUUGGCGGAAAUGCACAGCAGCUGCGCAGCUAUAAUAAUAUGCCUGAUGUAGGGCCACAACAUCCGAAUGACGAAAACUAUUACAGAGGUCAACAUGAAAGUCUAGGUUCCUCCAUCCCUCACCAUCUCGGCGCCAGGCAUAUGUCACCUCUAUCAAUGCUUCCCCGUGUGCCCGUCGCAUAUAACGAAGCCUAUCGUUACCGCCUCGUCCCCCUCGAAGCUAUCACAGUAUGUAUCGCACCCAGUAUGGACGUCUUCUGCGUGCUCGACACAGACUUCGUACUUUACCCCCCUGAAUGGCAUGUCCAAGUUCCGCCCCAAGAAGAUCCGCAUUUCGCGCUGCCUGUUCCCAUGUCCUAUGCCGACAGCGUCGUACUUCCCGAGAUGAAACAGCCCUCGAUAGCCAAUCACGUAUGCAUGCCGCAAGCGGAAGCCACGCCGUGCGCUGACACAAAUCUCCUAUACCAAGAUACUUGGGAAGCCUUGCCUUACCAGUUCCAUGACAUGGAGAUCGCGGCAUUCGAGACGACAGGAAUGUUGACCCAGGCAUGCAGUGAUCUCACUUCCCUGAGAGUGGAAGAAACAGCACCAUGCAUUGACAGUAGCUCUAUAUACCAAGACACAAGGGAUCUACUCCCUCGUGAACCCAACAGUAUAGAGACCGCGGCGCUCGAGACAACGGAAAUAUUGAAUCAGGCGUGCAGCAACUUCUCUGCUCUCGAUCUGGGAUCCGCAGCGGGCGCGAACACAGUCCCACAAGAUCUGCCUGUCCUGGAGGCUUUCCCCGAGGGCGACAUGGAAAGGUCGCCAGGCGCGACGACGAAAAUCUGCCUGUGGGACUCUUGCGGCGCACAUCUGACCAGUCCUUCUGUGGCAAGUGUCCGUAAACAUUUUACCGAGUACCACGCUACGGUCUGCAGUACAGGCGGCGGGGGUGGCGAUGCGCUCGUAGUGUGCCGGUGGGAGCAGUGCAGGACGGAGAUGAAGCGGGCGAACUAUGUCAAGCACGUGUGUGGCGUGCACUUGCGCUUGAUGGAGGUGGUGUGUGAGUGCUGUGGGAGCACCCUCAUCCGCCCGGAUGCACUCCGCCGGCACCAGGAGAAAGCAUGCACGCCGGGCUCUGCUGUGCGCAGACGAAUUGCGAAGAAUUGA